UGAAAUAAAAUGUUGACAUCCGUACAGUCCGUGAUGUCAACGACGCCGUCACCAGCUAGUAUCACACAAUCAUCGUCAUCAUCACCAUCCGCAUCCGCAUCAUCAUCAUCAACGUCGUGUUUGUUAUCAUCACUAUCAACCAACAACAACAAUAGCAACCACCCAUCCACCGCUACUACUGCUGCUGCUGCUGUCAGUCUGUUCCAGUUGACGUCUCCCGGAUCAUCCCCACCAUCGGUUGUUCCGUCGCCGGCAGGUUCACCGGCCGUUGCACCCAUCACCACCCAACUGCUCCAACAGCCAUCCCGGAAGCUGCUAGGUCCCGCCAGUUCCAUCACUUCUUCGUCGUCGUCGUCGUCGUCUUCGUCGCUGCUAAUCAACCACCUGACCAAUCCGAGCAGCCCCAGCUCUCGAGCACCACCCCCAUCUGCCGGAAGUCUCCUGAAGCAGCAACUGGCGGCGGUGACGGCCCCCGACUACACCAACAAAAUGGCGGCGGCCAGUCUCAUCAAAGCAGGCUGUAAAAAGUCAUUGUCGUCGUCGUCGCAGUUGGCGGCGGCGGCGGCAAACGUAAACGUGAACAACAUUGCCGCUGGUUUGGCCAAUGCCGUGGCCGCAGCUGUGGCCGAUGCCGUCACCGUUGCCACCAUCGGGCGCAACCUUAAUCUCAAUCUGAACAACUAUUCGCAGUUGCGCCAGCAGCUGGAAAUGCAAACCACGACAACUUCUUCCUCUUCGCCACCGUUGAAGCAGUUUCUCAAUCAAUCCGGCAACAGCGUCAGUAACAAUCACCAACAACUGCAGCGCCGUGUUGCCAGUUCUGCUGCUGCUGCUGCUGCCGCAAUCGAUGGCAUCACUUCCAGCAUCAGCGCUCGCAACUGUGGCGACAUCUGUUUGCAAUAGAAACAAAACGGGCAGCUUGCUUGGAACGAUGGAUGGAUGGAUGGGGAAACAGCCAGCCAGACUAAGAGCGGUAAGAAAAAACGAGCAGUUGUUUGCUUUAAUUCUAUAGAAAAUCUAGUUUCUUGAUAGUCUCUCGUUAGUAGGAUUCUCUUAGUAGUAGUGAUGCGAUAUGUAAAUCGAUAAUUAAUCAUACAAAUCAGAAAACGAAACCGGAAAACACUGAAAUCGCUCAGCGCGCAGAGUUUAUAGAGGGUAUGUGUAUGUGUGGAUGGAAUCACCCGCGUGUUAACACGAGCAGUAGGGACACCGAUUGAGAUAUCGUUUCUUGAUGAGUAUAAUUGGUAGUUAUGUUUCAGUUUUUUGACCGAUUGAACCGUAAUUUAAACAAAAAGCAGAAAUGUCCCCUUGGUAAAUUGAUCACAGAAAGAGAGCAGCACUGGUAGGCCAGGUUUUCUCCCCGCGCCGCGAGUUUUCUUCUCAAAUGUCAAGUAACACUUUUCUCGAAAACGUCCUGCUCCGGCUUCCUUCAGUCGCGUAUGAAGAAAAAAAGAAAAAGCUAGAAAGACAAAGACAGACAAAGAGCAGGUCCCUAUCAAGCAGCUGGUCGCUGGCAGCACGGGCAAAGAGGGAAGUGAAAUCAUUUUAAUUCAAAUAAAUUAAAUUAAUUUAUACAAUGUGAUAUUUUUGUCUAUAUAUGUUAGCUAAUAUAAUAUGUAAUUAAUUAAUGAAGAAAAAAAACUAAGAGGAGAACCCGACACACGAGACAGGAGAGAAUGCCGAAGAAACAAAAGAACACAUGUCGAAAGCGCGCAGAGAAAGCUCCAAAAUCUAAGUUGUUUCCUUCUUUUCUCGUUCAAAUCAAUGACUGUAUUGUGAAGAAUCCCUACUUAGCACAGCAAAAAAUAUUGGAAUUACAAAAAUAAUAAAAAAAAAAAUCUAUGUGAAAAUUUAAUCGUUUGUUUUUAGCUCUUACACCGAAACAAAAAAAAAAUGCUUCAAAAUUGUUCAUGUUCGAUGAUUUUUUUUUUCCUAUUUUCUUUGAGGUGAUUAUUUUUAAAAAUUUUAUCCUUUCCCCAGCUCCCCCACUGACCUUUGCUAUCAUGCCUGUGUAAAAAGUUUAGUUUUAGACAUUUCUCCUUUAUUUAGUAGCAAAUUUCGUAAUUUUAUGCGAUUUGCAAUCGUUUACUUUAUAAUUUUCUAUUUCCCCCCACAAUUAGGUGUUCAAAUUUUCAAAUAAUUCAGCUUCAUAUAAAAAAGAAAAACAAAAUACAAAAAAUAAGCUAUUGUUAGUUAUAAACAUUUGUUUUAGUCGCUACUUUUUAACAAUGAGAAAAAAAAAACAAACAAACAACAACAACUUGAUAGGUAAAAACAAGAAACACUACAAAAGAAGAGAAUGAGAGAUGAAAAAAUAAACAGAAAUAGAAGUACGGAGCAAACAAAUGAAUCACACUGAAUUUAUUUAAGACAGACAGCGGGAAAUUUAAAAAUUUAAACAAAACAAACAAGAAAAAAAAUAUUGAGACAAAAUAAGAUGAAAAAAAUGAAACACAAGAAAAGUAAGAAUUGAUGAUAUAAAGGCUAAAAUGAUAAACAAAUAAAUUUAGUAGCUUCAUAUGUGAUUAUAACUCUAUGAAUAACUAUUUCAAAAAGUACCGUAACAAUAAAAACAAAGUUGAAAACCCUA